AUGUGAACACAACUUACGGGACUUCAGAUCACCGGGAAACUGAGAUCACCAGAGGCGAGUUUACAGUCAGCAGUCCCGCCGUCUCUCUAUUUUUAAUUUCAUUUUUCCUUUUCAUUCUGAUCCACUGGAUACUUCACAUCUACAGACCGGUACAGCUGAUUGAUCACUUUAAGCAGUAUAUCUACUGAUCAGGGUCCGUGUUUGAAGCAGAUCUUUGUGAAGACAAGGUGAGGGUGGUGUGUGGAGCCCCCUGCAGAGGAGUCCGGGACGAGCGGACGCGUCCUGAGCCUUCUCUCUCUCUCUCUCUCUCUCUCCGCUUUGCGCAUUUACCGGAGGGAGCGCAGCGGGAGUAUUUCAGCCACACACUCCCCCGAGCUCAACCAGGAACAUGCUACAGAAUGGAAACGGGAAGGAGAAACCUCUGCAAGCUCCCAAGGCUGUGGAGGAGGAGACGGACUCCCCGGCCGUCCACCCCAGACAGCCGCAGGACGCGCCGCCGGCCGCGGACCCCGGCGGCACGCACUUCCCCAUGCCCGUUCACCCCAAGCUGGAGAUAAAGCGCAAUGCAGUGACGGACGAUUAUAAGAUCUCCUCUCAGGUCCUGGGCCUGGGGAUCAAUGGGAAAGUCCUGGAGUGCUUCAGUAAGAAGACCGGACAGAAGUGCGCUUUGAAGAUCCUGUACGACAGCCCCAAAGCCCGGAGGGAGGUGGAGCUGCACUGGCGCGUGUCCGCGGGACCCUACAUCGUCCGCAUUCUGAGCCUGUAUGAAAACAUGCAUCAGGGGAAGAAGUGCCUGCUCAUCGUCAUGGAGUGUAUGGAGGGAGGAGAGCUGUUCAACAGGAUCCAAGCCAGAGGAGACCAGGCGUUCACUGAAAAAGAGGCGUCAGAGAUCAUGAGGGACAUUGGCACGGCCAUCGAGUUUCUCCACAAGAUCGACAUCGCGCACAGAGACAUCAAGCCAGAGAACCUGCUGUACACCACCAAAGACAGAAACGCAGUCCUCAAACUGACAGACUUCGGCUUUGCUAAGGAGACGACACUACACAACCCCCUGCAGACCCCCUGCUAUACGCCGUACUAUGUGGCUCCUGAGGUUUUGGGUCCGGAGAAGUAUGACAAGUCAUGUGACAUGUGGUCUCUGGGCGUCAUCAUGUACAUCCUGCUGUGUGGCUUUCCUCCGUUCUACUCCAACACGGGCCAGGCCAUCUCUCCAGGGAUGAAGAGGAGGAUCAGGAUGGGCCAAUAUGAAUUUCCCAAUCCAGAGUGGGCAGAGGUGUCGCAGGAAGCAAAAGACCUGAUCCACCAGCUCCUCAAGACCGACCCCAACGAGAGGAUGACCAUCACCCAGUUCAUGAACCACCCCUGGAUCAAUCAGUCCAUGGUGGUCCCCUCCACCCCCCUCCACACCACCAGGGUCCUGACUGAAGACAGAGAGAUGUGGGAAGACGUGAAGGAGGAGAUGACCAGUGCCUUGGCCACCAUGCGCGUCGACUACGACCAGGUGAAGAUCAAGGACCUCGACACGUCCAGCAACCCGCUGCUCAACAAGAGGCGCAAGAAGGCCGCCGCCGGGGGCAAAGGCGGCUCCACGGUCUGCCAGAGCCAGUGAGGCCCGGUCCAGCGCCGCCGGCUCCUCGGGACAUGAAGGAAAAGCUCUGGACUCUGACGAGACGGACCUGAAAGGACAAUUUAGGAAACAGCAGCGUCACAGCCGGACAUUCAUAGGACAUAUCAACACCUGUUUUCUGACAGAAGCCAGCACGUCUGUUCUGUUUUUAACUCUUUUUAUGUUUGUAUGUACUUUGUAGAGUUGCCCUGUUUGUAAGAGUGUCUGUGUGCAGACAUGAAGUAUUUGUAGUGACGUAUCGUGUAUUUGAAGACCUGUUUCGAGGUUGCCUUUUUUUGCAGCUAUGCACACGUGUGCAGAUCACACACACUGAGCGAGACGGAGGGAAAUAAAAAAAAAAAAAAAAUCAAACUGUGGACAGACUGUGAAACUAGAACACUGAUUAUCACCCGUGUUGUCUUAAAACCGUCUUUCUUUAGCUGCCUUCUUUUCGGAAUACAAGCAGAGUCGGACACCGGCUGUCUUGUUAAUAAAGUGAAACCUCUGUAAUGACUCAUAA